UCCCGGCCGCCAGGGCCAGCGGGAGCUGCCUGCCGGUCCAGUUUCUGAAUGCAGGGGUCCCCGGGGCGCACCCCGAUGCCGAACACGCGGCUUCUGGUGCUCUUCGGCAGCCAGACGGGCACAGCCCAAGAUGUGUCGGAGAGGCUGAGCCGCGAGGCCCGGCGCAGGGAGCUCGGCUGCCGGGUGCAGGCCCUGGACUCCUACCCCGUGGUGAAUCUGAUAAAUGAGCCCCUGGUGAUAUUUGUUUGUGCAACUACAGGCCAAGGAGAGCCCCCGGACAACAUGAAGAACUUCUGGAGGUUCAUCUUCCGGAGGAACCUGCCAUCGACCUCCCUCUGUCAGAUGGACUUUGCUGUCCUGGGCCUUGGGGACUCAUCUUACGCCAAGUUCAACUUUGUGGCCAAGAAGCUGCACCGACGGCUGCUGCAGCUCGGGGGCAGUGCCCUCCUGCCCGUGUGCCUGGGCGAUGACCAGCACGAGCUGGGGCCCGACGCCACCAUCGACCCCUGGCUGCACGACCUGUGGGAGAAGGUGCUGGGGCCGCACCCUUUGCCCCUUGACCUCAGCCUGACCCCGCCCGGAGUCCCUUGGCCCUCCAAGUUCACCCUGAAGUUCCUCCAGGAGGUCCCCAGCACGUGCUCUGAGGAGCUGUGUGUGACCGGGACAGACCCUCAGGGACCCCCUUCAGAGCUACAGCCCUUCCUGGCACCCAUGGUCACCAAUCAGAGGGUCACCGGCCCCUCACACUUCCAGGAUGUUCGGCUGAUUGAGUUCGACAUCACGGGCUCUGGGGUCAGUUUCCCCAGAGCCCUGGGUGUCCCCCACAGCUUUGUGGCCGGCGACGUGGUGCUGAUCCAGCCCGAGAACACGGCCAGCCACGUCCAGCAGUUCUGCCAGGCGCUGGGCCUGGACCCUGACCAGCACUUCACGCUGCAGCCCCGGGAGCCGGGUGUCCCCUGCCCCGCGCGGCUGCCCCAGCCCUGCUCCAUUCAGCGCCUCGUGUCCCAGUACCUGGACGUCGCCAGCGUCCCCCGCCGCUCCUUCUUUGAGCUCCUGGCCUGCCUCUCCUGCCAUGAGCUGGAGCGGGAGAAGCUGCUGGAGCUCAGCUCGGCCCAGGGCCAGGAGGAUCUGUGCGAGUACUGCACCCGGCCCCGCAGGACGGUCCUGGAGGUGCUGUGCGACUUCCCACACACGGCUGGCGCCAUCCCCCCGGACUACCUGUUGGACCUCAUCCCCCUGAUCCGGCCGCGGGCCUUCUCCAUUGCCUCUUCUCUGCUGGCCCACCCCUCCAGGCUGCAGAUUCUCGUGGCAGUGGUGCAGUACCAGACACGCCUCAAGGAGCCCCGCCGGGGCCUCUGCUCCAACUGGCUGGCGUCUCUGGACCCUGGACAAGGACCUGUUCGGGUGCCUCUGUGGGUGCGGUCUGGGGGCCUGACGUUCCCAAAGACACCAGACACGCCUGUGAUCAUGGUGGGGCCGGGCACUGGUGUGGCCCCCUUCCGAGCAGCCAUCCAGGAGCGAGUGGCCCAGGGUGAGACCGGAAACGUCUUGUUCUUCGGCUGCCGCCAGCGGGACCAGGACUUCUACUGGGAGGCCGAGUGGAAGGAGCUGCAGACACGGGGCUGCCUGACUCUCGUCACGGCCUUCUCCCGGGAGCAGGAGCAGAAGGUGUACGUGCAGCACCGGCUCCGGGAGCUCGGGCCGCUGGUGUGGGGGCUGCUGGAUCUCCGGGGCGCUCACUUCUACCUGGCGGGCAACGCCAAGUACAUGCCAGCUGAUGUGUCGGACGCCCUGACGUCCAUCUUCCAGGAGGAGGGCGGGCUCUCCGGCCCCGCCGCGGCCGCCUACCUCGCCAGGCUCCAGCGGACCCUGCGUUUCCAGACUGAGACGUGGGCCUGAGGAGCCGUCCCGCCGUUGGCCGUAGCCACUCUGACCGCUGCUCUCUGGAGGCCACUGUUGCCUCUCACCCUGUCCAAUCCCAGCUGGGAGGACAGUCAGCUCUCCUCCUGCACAGCCCCCAGGCAGCGGCAGGAGACCCCCAGGCAGCCCACACCUCACAGCCCGAGCAGUAAAGGAUGGGCUCUGGUGCCGCUUCUCGCCUGCUCUUCCUCAUGCCCGUCGUGCUUCGCGGGGGGCGGGUGGGCCCACAGCUCGUCCCGAUGGAAUAGCCCGCCCUGCUGGGCACGAGGGCGCCGUUGCUCAGCCCCACACCUCGGUGCCCGAUUCUCACGCGGUGGGUGCCAGCUGUUUGCCCACCUUGUACAAGCUCUGCCCUGGCCCUGACGGCCCAGUAGGGGGAGGCCUGGAGAGGCACCCGGCAAGGCUGGCAUCGACCAUCCCCUCCCAGCCCAGGGCAGAGCAGCCCAGGGCCCUGGGAGGGAGGGGGCGCGGCCUCGGGCGGGAGGGGAGGGGCGUGGCCCAGGCCGGUGGGGGAGGCACGUGUUCGUGGUGUCCCCGCCCCGGGAGUGGAAUUCCUGCUGGAGGAGUUAGGCUGGCCUGCCCACAGCGCCGCCGCCUAGAUUACAGCUGGCUGACACAGGGAUCGCUGCGGCUGGGCCUGGCAGACCCUCUUGGGGACGGGACGGCACGCUGGGCCCAGGAGCUGCCCGGAGCUGGCACGGCUAUUGGGGCCUGAGUGAAGUUCACUCUGAGUGGGGCCUGGAGCCAGGAGGAGGUGACAGUUGCUGCCAG